GAAAAAAUUGUAGCUUUAUUUUUAUGAUCCGUAAUGACGUCUAAAGACGGUUUUUUGGAAAAUAUUUUUGAUUAAGUUUGGAAAAAUUUAAUACCAACUUACUUGUAAUAUUUAAUGGAAGUGAAAUCGUCUCCGUUUGUGUAUCAAUUUCAAACGCACUAUAAGAAAAUAUUAUUAUUAUGUGCAGCUGGCUUUUCUUGCUAUAUGAUGAAACGAUAUAUUGAGACGAAGAAAAAAGCCGAAUCAAAAAAAGAGAAGAAGACACUUAAAGAAUUUCCAUCGUUAGAGGAGAUACAAAAGUUCAUCGAAGAUUUGCCCCUUAACGAAGCAAAGUCUAAUAAAAAUAUGACGUUAAAGGAUUUACUGGGAGAAUUGUCAGAAUUUAGUGAAGAUGAGGAUUGGAAAGGAUUGAUUGCAAGUGUUCAUUCGUUGUAUGAACAAGAGGAAGCAAAAGAAUGUGCCGAGGAAACGGGUAGCGUUAUAAGUAUCUAUGAAGAUCCCCAUAUAAUUAAUCUGGAAGGCAUAACGGAAGAUAUCGUACAAAAUACCAACGUAGAGAAAGACGACUGUUUAAAUUUAUCAGGUCAUUCAGGGUACGAGGGAGAUAUUCAAACUAUAACUAAUGGAGAAGUUCAAAACUUAGGGGACAACGAUUUUCAAAAUCUGUUAUUGGACAAAUUAAUAGAAAGCGCUAUAAUCGAUGGUGCUGACUAUCUGGAAUGCAGAUUUGGAAAUGGCGACAGUGCGGGCAUAAUAAGAUGAUAAAUAUUUAAUUAUAUAAAACAAAUUGCAUUAAAUCUUAUUUCCUAAUAAGAUUUUGUGAAUCAAAUACAAAAUUUAAAAAAGU